GGGAGGGAGGGAGGAGGAGGAGGGCAGAGAGAAGGAGCCCGGCCGCCAUUUUUUCCCCCGAACAGAAUUUAGCAGCAGAAAAAAAAACAGCAGCAGCAGCGCCACCUCCGCGGCUGCUGCUGCUGCGGCUGCCCGGGCACGAAGGCAAAAGCGGGGGGCCCUGAAGGCGGGGAGAAGGCGGGAGCACCGCAGAGGGGUUGUGUUGCACACUGUCCCACUUUGAAGAAGAGAGAGAGAGAGAGAGAGACCCUCCUUUGCAGUACGAGGAGAAGGAGGAGGAGGCGCCACAACAGCCGCCACUACUGGAGGAGGAGGAAGACAGGAGCGCCCUUUUUUUCCCCGCGCCGCCGCCGCCGCCUCUUCUCCUCGAGGGAGGGCCCUCCUUCUCUCCUCUCCCCCCUUUUCUCCAGGGUGUGCUGGGGGUGGUUGGAAAAAGAGAAGGCGCCCUUCCCUCCCCGCCGCCCCAAAUCCCUUCCUUCCCCACAGCCCUUUUCCUGCCCGCCCGCCCUCCUUGCCCGCAGAAGAGCAAGGAGCAGGCGGGCAGGGAAAGGGGAGCCGGGAGGGGAAGGAGGAAAGGAGGAGGAAGAAAGAACAGAGCCGCGGCAAGGAGGAGGAGGAGGAGACGGCUACGGCAAACACUGAAGAGCCCCUCGCCUUGUUUGCAAACUGCGCCCUUUCCAUUUGGGCGAAUUUUCCAUAUAUUUUUUUUGGUACCGGGUCGGAUCCGCCCGGACUCUGCUCUCGGCUCCAUCACGUGGCUGCCCUCUGGCGAGGCAGUAGGAGACAGCAGAGCUGGCCUCUGCAACGAGAGAGGCUGGACUUCCUGUCUCUCUGUGCUGAAUGGCUACUAUGGCGCCCGCUCUCACUGACGCAGCAGCUGAAGCUCACCACAUCCGGUUCAAACUGGCUCCCCCAUCUUCCGCCUUGUCUCCAGGCAGUGCCGAAAACAACGGCAACGCCAACAACAUCCUUGUCGCCACGAACGGCACCAAAAGGAAAGCUGAGGAUUCUAGCCUAGAUUUCCGAAAUAACUCUGCUAAGGAAGAACUGGGGAAAUUGCAGCCUCUGGUGGCAUCUUACCUCUGCUCGGAUGUAACCUCGGUUCCUCCGAAGGAGUCAUUAAAACUGCAAGGGGUCUUCAACAAACAAGCAGUCCUUAAAUCUCACUCUCUGUUAUCACACCCCUUCUUGAAAAGUAGUGACCUGUUGGGGAGGCAACCUGUGUUUUCAUUGGAAAACCUAAAAACCAUGAGUACUAGUAGCCAAACACCUUUGCCACAAGCACCAGUCAAUGGCUUGGCUAAAAAGUUGGCUAAGAGCAAUAGUUCUGAUCAUGAAAACUCGGCUUCACUUAAUGGAGGGAAGCGUGCUCCUCCUUCCAUAGCCCUUCAGGAUGUUGAUUCAGAUACUCCUGGGGGUUCCGAUGUGGGGAAUCUGAAAUCGGGUUUGACCAAUUGCACUCUUCCUCACAGAAGCCUUGACACAGCUCCAGUUAGCAAUAAUGGCACUGCAAAUAAACGUAUCCCCAAUUCACCAGUGCAACAGCAGCAGCAGUAUGGGCUUGAAGGGGAUGGAGAGAGCAGGUGGGUGUUAUCUGGAGUGCCUGGGGGUUCUGAUCUUGGCAGCAAUAAGCCAAGAGAAGAGCAGAAAGCUUCGCUGCCAAACAACUCUCAUAAUGCUUUGGAUUCAGAUAUGAGGACAAGGGUGCUGUUGCGACGGCAGGCAGACAUUGAGAAUCGUGCUCGGCGGCUGCAAAAGCGCUUGCAGGUGGUGCAGGCCAAGCAGGUGGAGCGGCACAUCCAGCAGCAACUGGGUGGCUUCUUGGAGAAAACCCUCAGCAAGUUGCCAGCUUUGGACUCCCUGAGACAUCGGAGUCAGCUAAUGCUGACCCGCAAGGCAGAAGCAGCUUUGAGAAAAGCAGCAAGUGAGACAAGUACUUCAGAAGGACUGAGUAGCUUCUUAAAAAGUGGCUCCAUCUCAGAAGAAUUGGAGAGGUUUACUGCCAGUGGGAUGGCUAACCUACGGUCUUGUGAGCAAGCGUUCGACUCAGAUGUCACAGACAGCAGCUCAGGUGGGGAGUCAGACAUUGAAGAAGAGGAACUGACCAAAGCAGACACUGAACAGCAUCAUGUACCACUGAGGCGACGGUCAGAAUGGCAGUGGGCAGCCGACAGAGCGGCCAUUGUCAGUCACUGGAACUGGCUUCAAGCACAUGUCUCAGACCUAGAGUACCGAAUCCGGCAGCAAACAGAUAUUUACAAGCAAAUUCGAGCCAACAAGGGCCUGAUACUGCUUGGGGAAGCACCUCCCUCUGACUCUGUGCUAAGUGACUCAUCCCAUACUCUUAGUGCCGAGGUUAAGUUGGAGCCAGGGACUGACAGAUUGUGCGUUGCCCAGUCGUCAGAGAACAUUUGUACAUCCAUUGGCAAUACCCAAGAACCCCUGUCUGCCAAAACCUGUGGAGUGCCGAGACCGGUCAAUGGAGUAAUAAACACGCUACAGCCCGGCUUGACAGAGCGUGCUCAGGGAGACAGUGCAGAUGCUGAGGAAUUAUUGCGUAAAAAGCAGAGACUAAACGUGUCUUUGGCUUCUGAUGGAACCUGUGUAGCUGCCCGCACACGCCCAGUCCUCAGCUGCAAAAAGCGGCGGCUUGUUCGACCCAGCAGCUUAGUGCCACUCUCCAAAAAGGUUCAUCGCAACAGCAUGGGGCGGUGCAGCUGUGAUGUGAAUCUCUCAUGUGCUCUCUGUGGCACUCGCAGCUCAGUGCCUCCUGAAAUCCAGUAUGAAGCCCCUUUGAUGGAGCGUCUCUCGCAGUUGGAUUCCUGUAUCCAUCCUGUUCUCUCAUUCCCAGAUGAUGUACCAAUGAGUUUGCAUUUCCAGAGCAUGUUAAAAUCCCAGUUGCAGAACAAGUCCUGUGAGAAAAUCAAACCACCCAAAAAACUCAUGCUGAAGCACCGGCCAACCAUGCCUCCCAGCACCCUGUCUGACUCUGCACGCAAGGACCGUCACAAGUUGGUGAACACCUUCUUAGCAGCAGCCACUUGCUCGCAUCACAAAAUCGAGCCAGACAAGGCACACAGGCAAUCCUUAGACGAUCUAAGGGCUGCUCCCAAGGCCGAGAGAGCGCCAGAGCGCUCGCUUAUCCUGACGCCCGUUCAUGAGAGAAAGCGAUUGCGGGACAGCUCCUCCGAGAGAAGUGAAGUAUUAAAGCACCAUGCAGAUAUUGGAGGUCCAAGCUAUUUGUCCAGUGCUAUGGCCUCCUCAGCCCACAGUUCCCUUGUACGGCAGUUGUCCACCUCUUCAGAAAACUCCAUACCGUCUGCUAGCACAAGCUCAUUGGGCAACUCCAUUGCAUCUCAACAGCCAAGGAGGAGGAGAGGGGAAAGCUCUUUUGACAUAAACAACAUUGUCAUCCCUAUGUCCGUUGCUGCAACCACCCGGGUAGAAAAAUUGCAGUACAAGGAAAUCAUUACACCAAGCUGGCGUGUCGUGGAUAAUGGUGCUCUGAAGGUGAAUCCAGAUGAAGACAGCGAAGAGAUAGAGGAUCUGUCUGAUGCAGCCUUUGCCACCCUCCAUGCCAAGUGUGAGGAGAUGGAGCGGGCGAGGUGGCUGUGGACCACAAGCAUGCCACCUCAGCGACGAGGCAGCAGAUCUUACAGAUCAACAGACGGACGGACAACCCCACAGCUGGGGAACCCAUCAACCCCACAACCGGCAUCACCCGAUGUUAGCAACUGCUACUCCCAUUCUGACUUUUCCCAUGCCCACUCGCCACGCAGUCCCAUCAGCCCUGACCUGUUCUCUGGCCCCCACACCCCUCUGUCCCGAGACUCUGUGCGGCAUCUGUCUUGUGAAGACACACGUUGUUCAACACCAGAUUCAGCUUUUGAUGAACAGACUGUGCAGCCCUGGGAGCGGCGCAGCUUCCCACUCUCCUUCAACCCCAAGACAGAGUGUGAGGACCCGUUGGAUCCCCAAGACCGGUCAUCAUCCCGCUGCACGCGGCGCACGUCCGGCAGCAAACCCACCCGAGAAACAGACGUGGCCCCCUCCUCACCCACCCUUGCUUCCCUCAAGAGCCGGAACGCAGGGGCCAUGGCCACAGUGCAGCGGCCGGCCCACAGAUAAGAGAUGGACAGGGAGACGAGAGCAAAAAGCAAUCCACCAAACUAACUUUUGGCAUUAAAGCUUCUGAAAAUCUGCGUUUGAUAUUCAAACAUCCUGCCGGGAAUUUUUCACAGUUUUUAGUGAAUUUAAGGAGUUUAGAAACUGUUUUAUUUCCCUCCUCCCUUUCUUUCCAUGUUACCUUGUCACGCACACCUUCUCCAGUGCUGGGUGGUGGGAUGAGGAGAGCAAACCUGUCUCCCCCUCCCCAUGCUUUACACUCCUCAAACAGGAGAGUGGGAAAUGGCUGGUUGGCCCUGGAAGGAGUUCUCUGUCAAAAGAGGUUUUCUUUUAACUUUUCUUUACUUUUGCUGUUGCCGUGUCUUGUUCUCCUCACCCACCACCACCACUGUGGCCCCUCCCUUCCCUUUAAGAUUUUAGUGGAGUGAAAUUAGUGGUGAAAAGUGAUGUCUUCUGAAUACAGCUCCUUCACUCUCUCUCUCUUUGUUCUGCUCAUGGGCCACCACUGGCACUAGAAAGCACUUGCAAUGCAACUCCUUGCCUCUCUUUCACUUGGUUCCCUAAGGGAUGGCUUCCCACUUGUCCCCUCGCAAGAGCUCCUCUUCUCCAAGUUACCUCACCUUGUGCUGCCUUCAUCCUUUCUGCUGGUCUGUUGCUGCUUUCAAGUCCCUCUCUUUCUCUCUCUCUGUCUAUGUUAAAGAGGAAGAAGCGUUCUUGGUUGUUCAAAGCAAGGUCCGGUCAUCAGCCUUGAUGUGAUUUUUGAAAAGUCAGAUAAUCCUGUUGUUGUUUAGGAUUUUAUUUUUAAUAAAUGAAUAUUCAUAGCAAGUUGAGAGUGGGAGGGAAAGCUGGCAGAUGAGCAUUUCCGAAGAAGUUGUCCAUGGCAGAAAAAGUUUAAAGGCUUCCUUUGCUAGAUGUGAUUUGUGACUCUCCCUCCCCUUUAUCUGCUGUUAAUUCUUAACAUUUGUGUGUUUCUUUUUAGGUUGGCAUACAUCCCGUUAGUUUGACAGCGGCAGUAGGUUGUGUAUCUGCUGCUGCUAGAUUGCAAUACAGUAGUCUUGAGCCUUAAGUACUGGGAGGAAUGUCACAGGAGUCAACAACUUGUCGCCCCAGAUUCACAAAGCCAUAUUGUAGUGAAGAGUGUAUAAUUUCAGUAUUCCCGUUUCUUUUCUUCAGCCCUCGAUAGAAGUAUGUAGUCUAUGCAUUGUUUGAAAUGGCAUCCUACUUUUAAAGCUAUGAAGCGUGUGUUUACCCCUCAGGAAAAGAUAGAACUUUGUUUUUCACCACUACUAUGUAACUCCACUUCCACACACAACUCGGGUUUUCUUUCCUCCUUACGAGAACUUCUUGUGCUGACUAUAUCACCAAGCUCAGCAGGUUUGGGUUUAAUUUAAAGCGGCCGCUGCCAUCACCUCCCAUCCCGUGACUCCCAGAUUCUGCACACCGAUCCAUCUGUAAUGUUUUUCUGACCCUCGCGGUGUGGCUGUUGGUCCCCUGUCCUGUUGUUAGCAUUGCGCCUGUCUUCUGUAUUAAUCACAUCACCAAAAAGGAAAAAAAAGACAUUUUUUCUCAUUUUGUAAUUGUAACGAAAUAGUAGCUAAACUGCUUAAUGGUUGGGGUUUUUUCACAAUUUUCAACAUUACUUAAUGUUAUGUUUUUGGUUCUGUUCUAGUUUAAUUUCUUUUAAAAAGGAAAAACCCAAUGCUAUCAUAUCCCUCUGCAUUAAGUGCUUUUCUAUUUAUAAGGUUGAAAAUUCUGAAUAACCCUCUUAGCGUUAUAAAGGAAAAAUCCACAAAAAAACACCUUGUAUUUUGUAAAUAUUUCUUUUCCUGCUUCAAGCUGUGUAAUGUCCUUGUUAUAUAGAAAUGCUUUUCUUCAGAGAAGCUGAUCUUUGUUUAAUGUCUUGAUUCUGUUGGCCAAAGCACAAAUGUGUGCUUAUAAAAAAAGAUUAAAAAAAUUAAAAAGUUAAGAAAA